UUGAUAUUAUCACUGAGGUAUCUUUUUGUAUUUUUCUGCCGGGGAUGGGCCAGAUUGGGAAGGGCGGUACGAGGGUGAGACUUGGCGUUGGUGUUUUGGAACAUCAAAGAUGGACAGGGUUUUCGCGGAGGUCGCUCCUCGGAUAUCUCCACAACUACAGGUCGGGGAUCUUCCAAAAUCGAGAAGAUUGGUGCAUAUGGCUAGGUCUCUUCACCUUACAAUUUGUAUGGCACUUUGGCCCGGGGUUGUGGUGUGGUAGGGGAGAACGGGGGAUAAUCCCACACAGGAGUUUUGAACAACGUCCGGUUCACGUUUGGCUGGAUAACUCCACCACCACACAGGGUAUGCGGUCGGCGAUGGGGUCAGAAUGCUCGUAUGAUCGAGGGCUUUUCGAUGGAUCUAUCGGCGGGUUCUUAUUCGAAAAAUCGAGCGAGUUCGUGGUGGAGCGGUUGCUGUCUGUGACUACUGCUUCAUUUGAUACGCUCAUCGAUUGA